AAAUACUCUCAUGUGUUAGCCAAAAGUACAGAGAGCAAAACCUCUUCUCCUCUUUAAUAACUUGCAAAAACAAACACAAAUAAAAGUUUAAUUAGUUUUAAGCCCAACAAAAAUGGGUAGUGCUAAAUCAGCCAUGCUGGUCCUCUUACUAGCAAUGGUCAUCUCAUCUUGUGCCACGGCCAUGGACAUGUCUAUUGUUUCCUCCAACGAUAACCACCACGUGACCAAUGGUCCUGGCCGCCGCCAGGGUGUUUUCGACGCUGAAGCCACCUUGAUGUUCGAGUCAUGGAUGGUCAAACAUGGGAAAGUGUACGAGUCCGUUGCCGAGAAGGAGCGGCGUUUAACUAUUUUCGAGGACAACCUCCGUUUUAUCACUAACCGGAACGCUGAGAAUCUCAGUUAUCGGCUUGGUUUGAACCGGUUUGCGGAUCUAUCUCUCCAUGAGUACGCACAAAUUUGCCAUGGGGCUGAUCCAAGACCUCCUAGGAACCACGUCUUCAUGACUAGCAGCAACCGAUACAAGACUAGUGAUGGUGAUGUUCUUCCUAAGUCCGUUGACUGGAGAAACGAAGGCGCAGUGACUGAAGUCAAAGAUCAAGGCCAAUGCAGGAGUUGUUGGGCAUUUUCGACUGUGGGGGCAGUGGAAGGCUUAAACAAAAUCGUGACGGGAGAGUUAGUCACUUUAUCUGAGCAAGAUUUGAUUAAUUGCAACAAAGAAAACAAUGGUUGCGGAGGAGGCAAAGUCGAGACGGCCUAUGAGUUCAUCAUGAACAAUGGUGGUCUUGGUACCGACAACGAUUAUCCUUACAAAGCUCUUAAUGGAGUCUGCAAUGACCGCCUCAAGGAAAACAACAAGAAUGUUAUGAUUGAUGGGUAUGAGAACUUGCCUGCAAACGACGAAUCUGCUCUCAUGAAAGCGGUUGCUCACCAGCCUGUAACUGCCGUUGUUGAUUCUAGCAGCCGAGAGUUUCAGCUUUAUGCAUCGGGAGUAUUUGAUGGAACUUGCGGAACAAACUUAAACCAUGGUGUUGUUGUGGUCGGGUAUGGAACCGAGAACGGUCGUGACUACUGGAUCGUGAGAAACUCGAGGGGCAACACAUGGGGGGAAGCUGGCUACAUGAAGAUGGCUCGCAACAUUGCCAAUCCAAGAGGCUUAUGUGGCAUCGCAAUGCGAGCUUCAUACCCUCUCAAGAACUCGUUUUCUACUGAUAAAAUUUCGGUCGCCUAAUAAUAUGAACUAAAUGUAUGUCAUGCAAUGCAUCGAUUGAGCCAGCAACGUAAUUCGACUUUGAAGGAAAAUAAAAAAUUAAUGUAGUCGAUUGGUUUGGUUUUGUUAUAUAUUUUGCAUUUGUAUGUGGUCAAUGUUUGGAGUUUGUAUAAUAUUUCUUUGGGUCUAGAGAUGAAUUUAUAUUGUCCCUUUUGCCAAAAAAAUACUUGUGUGAGACGA